GGGAGGUUGAAGGGAGACACCUGUUUUGCGAAGCGGGUUGUACUUAGGGCUAGACGGCACACCUGUCAUCUGGGUCGUAGUUCACCGCGACGUAAACAUUAGCUGCGCAACCUGCGCCGAAGAUAAAUGCGGACAUCGGGACAACCGAAGGAAUUUCGCGGUUCGCAACGGGCGUCGGCGUCGAAGCACUCGUAGCCUCGGGGCCGAAAGAAAAAUGAGGACCGCCCCGUCGCAACCAAUGCCUUACAUCGCCACGGGGACCGCCAGGUGUACUGGGGCAUCCGGCUGGACCAGGACCUGCUGGAGACCAUUGUGUCCAUCUACCCGGAGUGGUUCAGGGACUACCAGCUGAACCUGAUGGCUGAGCAGACGCCUCGAGACAGGACCACCCCCUCUCCCCCCAGCGUGGACGAAGCCUCCCUGCACCAGGCCAUGGACAGGAACAAGGAGUCGCUGAAGGUGAAGCUUAUGCUUCGGCGACCCAUAACUCAACUGGUGGAACAAGGCAUUAUGCCAUCUCUCAAGGCCUCACCCGCAUUCCAUGAACAGAGGAAAAACCUCGAAAGGGCCAAGAUGGGGGACUACCUCAAAAACAAAAUCCAACGGAGGCCCGACAGACAGGAGCUCAUCCAGCAACACAUUCUCGAAGACACGACGGUGGACCCGAGCCUGCAGGACAAACAGCGCCAGCUGAAGAAGGCCCGGCUGGCAGAUGGCCUCAACGACCGGCUCUCGCACCGGCCAGGGCCGCUGGAGCUGGUCAAAGGAAACAUUCUCCAAACCGAUGCCUCCUUCGCGCAGGCCAUCAAGGAGGGCCAGAUUCCGUUCCGGCGGACCUGCGAGGGGGAGAGCCGCAGGCACCCUCCCCCGUCGCACUUCCUCAUCGACGAGGACAGUGCGGGCAGCGACUCGCUCGUGCCCUCCCCGGGUCGGGAAUCCAACGAGCAGUCGCAGAGCAGCUUGCCCUCGAUGGACCUGUCGGAGUCGUCGUCCUCUUCCACCCUGCACGAGGGCUCUCCUGGGUCGGCCUCCGGAGCGAGUCCGCGGUCGUCGCCUCCCGUGGCGCCCGCGCCACCCCCGGCACCUCUCGGCGGAUCGGCGCUGGCCGCCGCAUCACUGGCUUCCCUUUGCGCCUCCCACCAGCUACAGCAACAGCAGCAGCAGCAAGUCGUAGCCACGACCACGGCCGCUCUGGUGCAGCCGACGCUGCAGCCGCUGCUGAGUGCCGCCACGGCGAUGACGGCGGCACCGACGGCUACGGUGUUUCUGGCGGGAGCGACGGCAACGGUGGCACCGCCCUCGACCACGGCGGCGCAGCCGCAGGCCGGUGGUGGCAAGGCGGCACGCAAGAAGUCCAAGUCGAAGGCACAGCCAAAGACUCGCACCAUCAAAUUCCACGAGUACAAGGGUCCACCCAAUGCCCAGAAGAACCACGCAACGGCGUCCAAUUCUGCCGAGUCGUCCUACGAGCUCCUGCUGCAGCAGCAGCAGUUGUUCCUCCAGUGGCAGCUAGAGUGGCAGCAGAAGUACCCACAGAUCCUGCUGCCAGCCACACAGAAGCCCCUGGCUGCCCCCUGCGAGGCUGUGCAGGCUCCCGUAGGACACCUGGGCAGUCCUCCUCCCCCGCCACCCCUUCCUCCCGUGGCACCCUCGCCACCCAUUGCCGUGGCAGCCACAGUGCCGGAGGCACCCCGACAGCGGUCCAAGCUGGAGGACAUGAAAGUGAGUGACCUGAAGGCGGAGCUGAAGCGGCGCAACCUGCCCGUGUCGGGCUCGAAGCCGCAGCUCAUCGAGCGGCUCAAGCCUUUCUCGGACUUUGGCUUUGUCGCCCUGGGCUCGGGACUGGCGGACCAGAGCCCGGCCUCGGUGGAGCGCACCGACGCCUCGGAGGGCUCCCCCCAGUCCCCGUCGCUCUCUGCGGACCUUCACGACGGCAAUCCGCCUUCGGUUGUGCUGAUGGAGGUGGACGGCGCCCCAGACUCGGUGCAGCAGCAAGGCUCUCCUGCCGAGAGCACCAACAUGGCCGACGCGGAGCUGUCCGCCCACGAGGAGGACCUGCUGAGGCUUCAGCAGCAGCGCAUCCAGGAACUGCAGAGGGAGCUUCAGAGGUCCCAGCUUCAGCUGCAGCACCAGGUUCCAUUCAGCACGUCCCCACUGACGAGCUUCACGCUGACGCUGACGCCCUCGGCUCAGGCUACAGUGACUCCACCCGCCACUUCGCUGCUCAACGGGACAACUGUUACCGGAGUUCUGCCGACUGCCGUAGCUGACACGAAGGCUCUUCAGCGGCAGUUACUGCAGCAGCAUCUGCAAAACAAGAUUCAGCAGCAGCAACAGCAACAACAGCAGCAACAGCAACAACAGCAGCAACAACAACAACAGCAGCAACAACAACAGCAGCAGCAGCAUCAGCAGCACCAGCAAAUGGUUCAACAGAACUGCGCCAGUCCCAGCGUCGUCCCCAACGGUCCCGCGUCGUCGUCUCCCUCGUCCGCGUCGGUCAAGGCGUCGUUGGCCAACUUCCUGCAGCAGCAGCAGCAGCAGAACCUGGCUGCUGCGUUGGCGCUCAACGGAGACACCAACAACAACCACAUAGGCGCCGGCUCGCCGGCCGACCGCGGAGGGAGCAGCGCACGCACGGUCGCCUACUGUCAGGGGAAGCAUCCCGGCCGCGCAAACAACGCGUCCAGGUCUGCCCAGUGUAACAACCUGUCGGCGCUGCUGUCCCCCAAGGCGUCUCCCAACCAGUUUGUGCUGGGGAGGCAGCCCCCGGACUACGACGAGGCCACCAAGCAGCUGAACAAGGCAAGACACGCACAGCCGUUUGCUUCGACAACGGUGACACAUGCCAGUUCCAAGCCCGGUCGGUCGCGGUCUGUCAAAAGCAAGGACGUAGACGACGUCCUGGAGAUUCUUAUUAAAAACGGAGAGUUGCCGCCAAGUGCUGCACAAGAGCCUCCGACACCUACGACUCCGAUCAAUGGCGGCGACAUGGGUGCCCUGCUGGUGUGCACGCCGCCGUCUUUCCCGACGCCACCCCCUUCGUCGGAGGCCACGACGUUUGGCGAGAGGACGCCGCCCUCCCUGGCCCUGUCGUGCGACAGCGAGACUCCACCCCCUUCCGCCUCGCUGGACUUCGACUUCCACCUGGACAUCGAUGACUUCGAGGGCAUGGACCUGGGCAUGCUCGCCGAGGGGUCCAAGCAGCCGAGCCGGAACAGCUUCCCCGAACCGGCCGACCUCGCCGACCCGACGCUCAGCAUGGAGAUCGAGCUCUCGGACUGGCUCGACGUCAUGAUGCCCAACGCCUCGUCUUCGUCAUCUUCCGCGGCUCCGCAGAACGCAGCAGGAAGUGCGACGGCGGCCGGUACGGCGACCAACGCGGCGCAGCACGACCCGCUGCUGUCGACCAACGCAGAGGUCCACGACCCCUUUGACCUGUUCCCGGCCGGGGACCCGGAUUUCCGGACGUGGGACGACUUUCGGACUUCUUGGGACAGCACCGACUUCAUCGCCUGAUGCAUGCCCAGCGCUAGCGGGGAGCCAAGCGGUCCAACGACGGCAAAGCGGCGCCGGCCGUCGUCUGUCGUGUUUGUGACUGUCGUUUUGUCGGUUGUGCGAGCGAUGCCGCACUCGUGGCGAGAGUGUCGCUGAACUCCGUCAGUCCGCCGCGGACCAAGGGCGUUCGGUAACCGCCACCAGGCGCCCAUAGAAAUGUAACCGCCAUGUCGUCCUACGGUCUUCCAUUUCCCCCCUUUUCAAAAUGCUCACUCCUAAAGAAGAAAACGGCCACGCUCUGUUUGUCCUCUUGACGAUUCCAAUUUCGAGACCAGGAUGGGCAGGCAGAAACAAUACGCUUUGCUCCAAACUCGGCAAUUUUUCCGAUUGUUUCUGAAAGUGGCGGCGCAGAAACGCGAGAUUUAGGAAUCUCGGAAGGGGACAAACUUUGAAUUCGUUGGGCCACUUGCGUCGUAUCCCGGAGUCCAUCGUCGUUGCCCAAACUAACCGAGGGAGUUGCGAGGCCGGACUACUCCGUUGGUUUACCGGCGCGCCGGAGCAGCAGCGAGCAGGUUCUCUCGCCCCAUCGGAGAGCCACAUUCCACGAAAGGUCGGCCCGGAAGAGAGAGAGAGGCCGCGGGAAAAACGGCGACGUAAACCGUAGCCCCGGCGGACGUGCCACUGUCGUCCAUCGUUUUGUGUUUUCAAAGAGAUUGAGGUUGUAACAAUUGCAUGUACAUAAUAUACAUAAGAUUCAUGGCAAGCAGACCGCCCCUUCCUCUCUGCGGGGUAAGUGGACUUUUUUUAGCGCAAGUGGGAGUAGCCUCGGACCGAAAGCCCAUUCUGCGGGAAUCGUGCAUUACUUGCCCAAACGGGGCCAACAAAUGCGUGUCUUUUUUUUUUGUGGACUGGGUACCAUGCAGUGCACCCACGAGCAGUGCCUUGUAUCACGUAGGUAUUGAGAGUUUUGUAGACGGCCGUGCCUAGACGUACGGUCUGCUGUCCGUUCCUUCUCCCGGGGGUAGUGUAUGGAGUCUCUUCGACUGAAAUUUCAGGCUCAAGGUUCGGCUUUUCUACGAGGUUUCCUUCCUCCUUUCUGGUUGUACACAGGCUGUGGUUGUAUAGAGAGGUUUCCUAAUUCAGAGCACGUCAGCGUUAGGCCACUUGUGCAUAACAGAGUGCCGAGAGAAACGAGCUAAACUAACGAGAUGGUUUCUGUCGCACGGUGCGUUGUCUUGCCAUUGCUCUAGGCAGUGAUCAAAUGUGUGCUCCUACUUGUACAUAAUCGGAUGGAGCAAAUUUGUGUUGGUGUAGUGUGCUGAAGAAAAAUAAAGAAAUACUCUAUGUGAA